AUGUGUCCCGCCUCAUUCGAAGCGCCCGCAGCGGCAGUGGCACCGCCUGAGCCAGCGGUGGCUGCCGCUGCACAGCUGCAGGGCGCACCCGCGCCAGCAGCGGCCGCCGCCGAGAGCGUCGAGGACGGCAAGCUCGCUGCGUCUGCCGACGACGGCUCCACCUCGGUGCCAGCAGCGUCGCAGCCGCAGGUGACCUUCACCACUCCCUCCUUCGUCGCCUCUCCUCCCUCUUCCUCCGCCGCCUCCGAGACAGAGCGCGCCGCCCAGCUCUCCGCCUUCCUCUCGCCCACCUCGCGCUUCCUCACGCGUCCCAUUGCCGUCGCCUCCGCCACCGAGCACGCAGUAAUCGACGGCGUCGUGGCAGCUGCAGAUGCCAUUGCGCACAAGGUCGCCAGCAUGCUGCGCCCGGGCCCGCCUUUCUACAGCACGCUCUCGAGCGCCGAUUUGAUCGAUACGCUCGGUGAUGCGGCGCGUAUGAACUGCGCCACUGCUCUGCUUUACGCUCCUCAACCCAGCCAGCCCUCGGGAGGCGGCACGGUCUGGUCUGCGCUCAACGCCCUCCCCUCGGGUCCCAAAGCCGAAGCCAUCCCUCACGACUCGCAGGCUCCCUCAGCGACCGAGUCGCUCAAGCACGCGCUGCACGAGGACGACGAAGAUGAUGAUGGGCUGUGGUCGGGCGUGACGAUCUCGUGUGAUGUGCAUGGUGGGAAUCUGUGCCUUGGCAAGAGCGUCGUGGUACCGUCGCAUGUGCUUGCGGAAGCGCAUUACUACGAGGGUCAAGGACAGGCGCAGACGCUCUGGACGGAGAAGGUGGGCAAGGGCAAGGACUAUCAGUGGGAUGAGUUUGAUCGUCAAGCUACCGCCAGUGCCGCGUCGAAGGGUCUCGUUUACUACGUCACGCCCACCACCGCUUUCUGGUCUCUGCCCUCUUGGGUCCCCUACUUCGGCUCUCCCAGCUCUCCCACUCCUCCGUCCGCGCCGGCCCCCUCUCCGCGCCCGGGGCGCAAGCGCGUCUGGCUGCCCUCCUCGUCCGCCUUCUCGAUCCACGCCACAUGGUGGGGCUAUCAGCUCUAUCUGCCUCCGCCCAUCAUGAAGGCCCUCGACAAAGACAUGGCGAGCGCCGAGAAGAUUGCCAUUACCGUGCAUACCAUGCUCGUGGCGAUCAUCGACAAGGCGAGCACGAUUCCUAUGCCGCCGCAAUUGCUCGCUGUGCUCUCGGUGCUGCGCACUCUGGCGCCUCUCACAGGGUACAUUGCGACCUUCAUCGGCUGGUCCUGGAGCGUCGUCAAGUCAAACGACGAAGGCAAGGGCGUCAUCCUCGCUGCCACAUGGCUCCUCCCAAUCGCGCUCAUCCCACGCGCCUGGGACGCUCCCAUCGCGCCCGGCGACUCGGACGGCGAUGGCGUGCCCGAUGGAGCGCCGGUGCACGAAUUGCCGAGCACGCCGCUUCCGGAACAGCCGAGCGAGCAGCCGGCUCCAGCGCCUUCGCCGGCGCCGGUACCGGCGCCCGACACGCAUCUCGAGGGCCCGCCUUCCUGUCCGGCACCAGCUCCAGUCGAGCCAGCGCCCGUGGUUGAUGCUCCUGCGGCUCCUGCGGCUCCCGAGGCGCCCAAUUCGCAAGUCGCAGCCGCGCCGACGCCAACAGUGAUGCCGAUCGAGCCUUCGACGCCAGCGCUCAACGAGACUCUCAUCCCAGCUACUCCUGCCGUCGAGGCCGUGCCUGCUGCCAGCAUCGCCGCGCCCGUCUCUGCGCCCCUCGUCGACGCACCCCUCGUCGCCGUCGCCGUCGCGGCAGCGCCAAGCACGCCUCAGCGCGCCGCCUCCUCCUCUGCGGCUCGCGCUGCGCCGGGCACGCCUACGAUUGGUGCUCGUUCGACUUCUGUGCGUGCGAGACAGGCGUCGACGUCGACGGGCAGCAGCAAGAUGGAAGGACAGCCUGCUGUGCCUGCGGCGGCUGGGGCUGCGCCGAGCAGCAGCGAGUAG